UCGGGAUGUCUACCGAUAGCGGCGAAUUGACAUUUCUAAAAAUUAAAAUAAAUUCAAUAAUUAUUUAUCUCUCUUGGUUUAUGAAUAUUACUUAUUACUAGCAUUUAAAGUGUUCUUUCUUCGCAAAAUUAAUAUAAGUGAUUCGUAACAAAGUGUCGUGUUAAAAUGGAUGACAAGUUUGAAACACUGAAAUUAAAUUAUAAAAUACAUAAAUAUUCUAGUUUCUCCGCCCACUACGUUCCUGAGAACAUCUUGGUGAAUAAUCCUUCGGACCAGCUGUCUAGAUGGUUUACAGACAGUUCUACAUCAUCGCAAUUUAUUGUUUUAAAACUUGAUUCACCAUCAAUUGUAGAAACUAUAAAAUUUGGCAAAUAUAUUAAGCCUCAUGUGAGUGAUUUGAAAAAGUUUCAAGUUUUUGGUGGAACCGAUGAAAGUAACUUAUCUUUAUUAUUGACGGGGGGGUUAAGAAAAGACAAUGUAGCAGAAAUCUUCAGAUUACGACACAGGACAACUGAAGGCUUGUAUCUACCUGUAAAAUACAUAAAAAUAGUGCCAUUACAAUCUUGGGGGCCAGUUUCAAACUACACCAUCUGGUAUGUGGAACUCGAGGGAAAAAAACAGCCAGAAUUUAUAAGCAAUGUGAUGGAAACUAUUAAUAUGCGUAAAGAAGAAGAAGCAGUCCGCAUACUCUUGAAGCACCUCCGACGUCGAAGAUACAAAGACGCGUUUGAAGCCUUGUCCCGUGAGAGUGGAGUACAACUGGAAGGACAUAUGCAAGCUCGACUAUGGAACGCACUCGUCGAGAAUGGAGAUUAUAAACUCGCCGAGAGAAUAUUUGAAGAAUCAGCUCGAGAUGGGGAGCUCGACUGGUACAUGUCAUGGCAACCCUACACCCCGGAAUGGCGCAAGCUUUGCGGUUGUUCCGCUCAAGUAGAAGAACGGCUGUGUUGCGGUGAGGCAUCCCCAGAGGUGCAUUCGCGACCUCAUGAUCUGUCUUGCGUUGACAGGGACCCUCGGCUCGAGGGCGCGGAUGUGGCAUUAAAUGGAAACGAGGCGAUCGAAAACUGCUUCAUAUCUUGCGGAACCGCGUGCGCCAACCGGCCCGGGCCUCGCGGCGGACACCAGCUGGUGGUCGAUCCUAACACUGGGACGCUAUACCUCUUCGGCGGUUGGAACGGGACGGAAGAUCUGGACGACCUCUGGAGUUUCGACACGAUCACGGAAAGGUGGAGUCUCCUCUGCAGGCACAGCGGCAUGCUCGGAGGCCCUUCGCCUCGCUCCUGCCACAAAAUGGUCUUCGACCCUAUCAACGAGAAACUUUACACCAUCGGAAGGUAUCUGGACAACGCUCAGCGGACGCCGGCCAAUUUGAACAGCGACCUGUACGUGUACUCCGUGAGGUCGGCGGAGUGGUCGCUGGUGAUGAGCGACACGGCGGCCACGGGCGGACCCAGGCUGGUCUUCGACCAUCAGAUGUGCAUGGACCCCGACACCAGCACCAUCUACGUGUUCGGGGGACGGGUGUUGCCGGCUAACACCGAGGAAACGGCGAGUCCGCAGUACUCGGGCCUCUACGCGUACUACAUCCAGACCUGCACGUGGCACCAACUUCUGCCCGACGACCACGACCUGCCGGCUCCGCAGCCGCGAGUCUCCCACUCCAUGCUCUUCCACCCGAUCCAGCGCCGCCUAUACAUUUUCGCCGGGCAGCGCAACAAGGAGCAGCUGCUGGACGCGUGGUGGUACGAGGCGGGGUCGGGUCGGUGCGGGGCGCUGUGCCUGGGCUCCUGCGCCCCUCCGGCCGCCGGCUUCACGCAGAGGGCCACCGUCGACCCCGACACCGACGAGAUCUUCGUGCUCUCGGGCAUGAGCAAAGAAAAAGACCGCCGGGUGUACAACACCCUGUGGGUGCUGUCUCUGAGGAGGCUCACGUGGAGCUGCGUCUACAGGAACGAAGCGGUCACGCCCAUGGAGCCCAGGCCGCGCUUCGCUCAUCAGUUAGUCUACGACCCGGUCAGGAAGAUCCACUAUCUUUUCGGCGGCAACCCCGGCACGGCCAGCAGUCCCCGCCUGCGCUUGGACGAUCUCUGGGCGUUGCGAUUGACGCGUCCCGCCCUGUCCCGCGUCGUGGAUUGCGCGCGCGCCGCCCUACGCGAAUCCCGCUAUCGGGAACUCGCGGCUGACCCGGCCGCCGCCCCCGAGGCCCUGGACUAUCUGAGACACGAGCUCAGCGACGUCGUCGACCACGGAGAUCCCGAACAGGUAUCUUUAUCCGCCAUCGAAUCGCGCGCCCGUGCGGCCGCACCUCGGUCGCGGCACCGACGAGCGAACGACGAAUUGCAGGUGGCGAAGUUCCAGCGCCUGGCGACGGCGCUGUUCGCGGGCCGGACGCGCGACGAGUGCGCGCCCGUGUCCCUGUCUCCGCGACGCGUCCGGGCGCUCGCUCGACGCCGAGCCGCCGUCUGCGCCCCCGCGGACCUCGCGAGGGCUCUGGCCGCGGUGUUGGGCGUGGACGACACCGUCCCAGAAGCGACGCAACCGUUCGAAGAGGCGACUCUGCCGGACGUAGACACGUGGGACGUCGGACGGGACGACGAGGAACCGACCCCGGCGAGCGGCCCCGGCGGGGCGUGGGACGAGAGAGCGGCCCGAAUCGGGCUGUACGAGCGGCUGGCCGCCUACUUCCGUCCCAGCACCGUGCCCCCGGCCGCCGACAUCAUGGAUCUCGUCGCUCUAUAGACAACAAAUAGUUCCGGCAACAUCCAAAGCGUCACGUCCUUCCAGGUGACAGCAUUACUUCGACUGAUUGAAUUCUUCCGUCGGCCCGAACACAUCCAUUGUUCAACCUACGAGCAAUAUUUAAUUAUAGAAAUACGUGUUUAAGUUAUUUCUCAAGAUGCCGGCGUUGUUGGUUAAUAAUUUAUAUUUAAGAUGUUAAUUAAACUGACAGAUAAAAAAGGCGAUGUAUUCGUUCUUUGCGAUCAAUGAAAAUGGCCGUCUUUAGCAUCGAGUGACAUUAACAAAAAAAUUAUCUCAAAUUCUAACCAUUCGCUUAUA